AUGGAGGCAGAUUGGGCAAAUUUAGAAGCAAAUCCUCUCAGCAUAAUCCUUGACAAGUUAAUAGAACGAAUAGAUCAUGUUUGGUUCAGCGCUGUGUGCAAGAAUUGGUGCUCGGUUGCGAAACUCAACCAUCAAAGCCAGCAAUUCAGGACUAAUGUGUUGCCAAUGCUAACAUUCCGAUCAAAAAGAGGUUUGUACAGCAUCCCAUCUCAUAGGUUCUACAUUUUUCAAUCAAAGAUGCCUUAUGGAAAAAAGAUAUGUGGCUCUAGCCAUGGUUGGGUAGCAAUAUGUGAAUCCAAUCUUACCAUUACUCUGUUCAAUCCUUUUAAGAAUGUAGCUCCUAUUCCUCUGCCACCACUCCAUAAAUUCUACAUAAGUCAAACGCAUAAGGUUACUUUGUCUGCUGACCCAAUAACAAGCCCAAAUGAUUAUGUGGUUGUAGCAAUUUCCAACAGAGAGUGUUGCAUUCCUUUCAUGAGAGCAGGCCAAACCGAUUGGGGCUAUGUACACACUACCAAUCCACCCUACGCAGAUAUUAUAUUCUACAAAGGUCUAGUAUAUGUUGCCCAAAACAAUAUUGUUUCCUUCUUCAAUCUUGAUCAUUCAGGUAAUAAAAUUAUAAAUGAUGCUUCAUUGGGAAGUGUUGAUGAAUUAGGGGCUUGUUAUGUGAAGAUCUAUCUUGUGAAAUCGUUGGAGGGAGACCUGUGGAUGGUGAGAAGACUUUACAUUGCAAAUAACACUAAGGGUUUUCAAGUGUAUAAGUUGGAACUUGAUGCCCAAAGUGGGAAGCUUGUGGGAAAGGUGAAACUUGAGAGUUUGGGAGAUGAUGUUCUGUUCAUUGGUGGUUGUGAUUCAAUUUCUGUGUCAGCUUCUUGUUUCUCUAGAUGUCUACAAAAGGACUCGAUUUACUAUUGCAGUGAUUAUAAUGAUAAAGCUUAUGACCCUCGAGGCCCAUUUGAUUCGGGGGUCUAUAAUGUAAAGGAUGGAAGCUUUGAUCAACAACAUUUCCCUUGCGAUCCUUCCUUCAAGUGCACGCUGCCUUCAUUUUGGGUUCUACCUCCAUUCCAGUGGGAUUGA